AUCUACCCAAUAUUCUUCAUAAAAAUUUUGAAAAAAAAAAGAAGAAAAUAUUUGAAUAUUCUCUCCCCAACUUUGCCACAUCUCGAGGUAAAUGGACUAAGUUUGGUCGGGUCCCACCGGUUCCUUUAUUUUGAAGUUAAAAAAACGAAAAAGGAAAAGAAAGAAAACGGCCAUUAUUGCUUUGCGCCAACUCUGUUUUAAAGAACUCUCUGUUCUCUCAUUUCUUUCUUCCGACGAGCCAUGGCGGCCAUGAAAGAAGAAAAAGAAGAAGAAGAAGCUCAAGUUCUUCAGUCCAUUUCAAAUUUCCACGAUUCCCCUAACGGGAAAUCGAGAAGGCGAAGAAGAAGCGGCGGUUCUAGUGGUGGGUCUUUCGAGUUUUGCGUGCUCCGAAAACCCAAUCUUUUGUCCGCCGAUCAGCUCUUCUCCGACGGCGUCCUGCUCCCUCUCUACCGGAUUCCCACUUCCGGCGAAACGCCGGAGACGAAUCUGCUGGGUUUGUCCGGAGAGGAAGAAAAGACCCGUUUUGCUCCCGAAUUGAAUCCGCCGGAUUCAUCCGUCGAACAGCUGUUGGGGUUGGUUUCGGAAUCGGGUCGCCCGGAUUUACCUGCAGCAGAGCAGCCGGAGUUGGUACCGGAGUCUGAACGCCGGGAUUCAUCCGCAGCAGAGGAGCUGCAAUUGGAACCAGAAACGGAUUGCCCGGAUUUAUCCCGGGCAGAGCGGCCGGAGUCGGAACCAAAAUCCGAUCACCCAGAUUCAUACGGGGCGGAGCAGCCGGAUUUGGGAUCUGAAUCCGGGCCGGAAAUAUCUGCUGCGGCGGUCAGCUCCUCCACCACCUCUUCCAAACGGUGGAGGGAUAUUUUCAAGAGGGCCCCUAAAGGCGGAGAGAUUCCCGGCGAGAAAACCAGCAAGGAAAAGAAAGGCGGCAUUUUUGCAGCUCACGCCGCCGAACUGGUUCUAAACAUCAACAUUUGGCCUUUCAGAAGAAGCAAUUCUGCCGGCAACGGCGGCGGCAUGCCGCCAGCUGGAGCCGCCCUGACUCCACCCAGAGUGAGCAGCGCGCCGUGUUCUCCCGCCGAGUUCAACUUCAAGAAAUCGCCGAUCCCUCGCAAGGGGCGGACCUACACAGCCUGGCCACCCCGCCGGAGCGUGAGCGGCACCGGCAGCCGGAGUAACGGGCUUUUGACGAAGUCAGCAGAUAAAGACGUCGGAAAAGAUAGGAGCCACGGUGAGAAAGGGUAUACUACAAAGGAAGGGGGAAAUAGGGGGUGGGGGAAAGUAUCCCCAGCCGCCGGCGACGGCGGCGAUUGGUACAAAGCAAGAGUGCUAACCAUGAAGGCAUCAAUGUGCACUGACGCCUCCGGCAGCGGCGGCGACGGAGGAGUCUCCGGCGUAGGGAGACGGUCUAAUCUCCGGACUCUAUUUGCCAACAAAAUAUAUGAAAUCUAAAGUUGUUUCAUUUCCAAAAUAUUGGUAGGGUACAAAUUUUGCUUCACAUGAGAUCUACUAAAUUUGUUCAUUUAUAAAACUAAUAUUAAGUGGUUCUUGUCACAAAAAAUUUACACUACCCACAAAAAAAUAAUCUCCAAUAUGUUGAUUUUGUUUUGAAUAAAAAUGUAAAUAAACCAUUGAAUCUUUAGAGGUAAGAAUGUGCAGUGAAAAUGGCAAGUAAAUAUGGAACAACAAA